CACGACUCGCUGCCAAGUGCCCCAACCUUCUCCUACAGCAGGGCGAGGCGCAGCCGCUCCCUUGGCGUAAUACUGACCUGUUUGUAGUCACUGACUAGCAUGGCCCACAUGGCAGCUGCAGUAGACAUUUUCAUUUUCUUUUUUGUUUCUGAUUGUUUUGCCGCUUUUAAUGGUUUGGCCACCGCUCAUCGUUUCAUUACUCAUUUCCCCACCGAGCUAUUCGAGAAGCAACGGCGGCUCGAGGGUAGUGGCGGUGGGUUGUCGGCCGGAGCCUCGCCGGAGCGCUGCAACGCCGUCUAGCUCGCCGACGAGCUCGCGCUGCCUGAUUCUACCAGGUUCAGAGGGGGUGCCGGAGGUGGAUGAUCACCAGCAGCAUCGAUUGCAAUGAAGACACUGGCAGCAAGAUCGCCAUUGGUGGCGCUAGCCUUGUGCCUGUGCCUCCCGUUUGCGUUCGCGUCGAGGGAUGUGGAAGAGGUAGGAUGGAGGACAGCAGAAGGUCAGGCGGAAUGGGGAAAAGGGCAUUCCGGCGACGGUGGCCGGCCGUACUGCUUCGGCGAGGAAAGCUUCCGUGAGUGGUCGCGCACGCCUCUCGGCCACUUCAAGCUGCUAGAGCGGUUCGACGACAAACUGCUGCGUGGCUCCGUGGGCGACUACCGCGUGGCGUGCCUGGAGGUGGCCCCGCGCGCGGUCCUACAGCCCAGCCACUUCGACGCCGACGAGGUCUUGUACGUGAAGGAAGGCGAGGGCGUGCUGGUGCUGCUGAGGAAGGGGAGGCGGGAGUCGUUGUGCGUGAGGGAAGGUGACGUGAUGGUCAUCCCGGCCGGCUCCAUCAUGUACUUCGCUAACACGCACCGCUCCAAGUGGCUCCGCGUCGUCAUGCUCCUCAACAACGCCAGCUUUGAGGUGAGCGACUGACGGGUGUUGGAAUUC